UUGUCCGUGUUGGGCUUCCGUCCGUACUGCGGUAUCCUAACGCUAGUUGCCGCUGCUCUGCCGUUUCCUCUUAUUGUUGAAUCAUAACGCUGGCUUGAUGGAAUCGUAAACAUGUCUUUAAUGGGAGGCAGUACGAGAGGGUUUUAUUUCAACACAGUUCUAUCGCUGGCCCGCUCACUUGCUGCUCAUCGUCCUGCCCCCGUCGACAAGGUUCAGAAGCUACAAUGCAUGUGUCCAGUGGAAGUCCGUGGUGUGUUCAGUUUAGAUGUGCGUCGCCGAGAUGCUGUUAUAGCUCUGGCAGUGUUUCUGGUAGAGUCUGGCUUGCAGCACAAAGACAUCCUUGUUCCCUACUUACUGAGCCUGUUGAGAGGGCUGCCACGGGUCCAGUGGAUCGAAGAGGGAUUAGGAAAGAAAGGAAAGGAGUUCCUUCCAGUUGCAGAAAACUUCAGUUUCUGUUUGGUAACCCUUCUGUCAGAUGUGGCUCAAAGAGAUCCGGGCUUCCAACUAGAGAUCUUAAACACCGUACUGGAGGUCAUGCAGACAUUACAGAAGAUGUGCCAAACACCUGAUAAUCAUGAUAAAGUUUUCCUGUGCAGAUAUAUUGUCCCAAGUCUGCUUGGCAUAACUCGAGCGUUCGGUCGCUACAGCAACACAGAAGAAGCUCUGUUGUCCAAGUUGUUUCCAAAGGAUUUGCCUCAGGCCCGCUGCGUCACAGAGGAAAACGAGGGAGUACGGCGUCGAUCCUUCAAUGACUUUCGUUCUAUUUUGCCACCCUCGCUGCUCACAGUGUGCCAGAGUGACACUCUGCGCAAACGCACCGGGACUAAACUGGAUUCCUCCGUGCAGAUCUCCACAGAUCCAGCAGGUCACUCACCCUGCUCUCCUACAGCACCUAGUCCACAUUACUUUGAAGGCUCCUAUCUUCCGGACAGCAGCACGGUAGACCCUGACUACUACAUCUCCACUGUCAGCUCCAGUUUCUCCGUGUCUCCUCUUUUUAUGGGAGCAGGUGAAAAGGAGGUGGAGGUUCCCGUAGACCAGCUGCGACAGCUCCUUAGCUUGGUGAAAAACGUUGUUUCUGAGUCUUUUUUGAAAACUCUGGACGCUACUAUGACAGAAGUGAUGGAGUCCAAAUCUGGGAUCAACUUCCAUUACAAAACCUUCAGCGAUCCUCUCUAUGUGUGUGUGUUCAAAAUGCUGCGGGACACGUUAUACAACGUGAAAGCCAUUCAGCCGACAUUUGUGCGGGAAGUCCACGACUUUGUGCUCGAGCAGUUCAGCAGCAGUCAGUCAGAGCUGCAGCGGGUGCUUCAUGACACGGGGGGGCUGCUGGGGGAACAGAGCCCCCUCAAGCUGCGUUGCCAAGCCAACGCUGCCUGCGUGGACCUCAUGGUGUGGGCAGUCAAAGAUGAGCAAGGAGCUGAGAAUUUGUGCACCAAACUGUCAGAGAAGCUUCAGUCAAAAACCUCCAGCAAAGUCAUCAUUGCUCACAUGCCCCUGCUCAUCUGUUGCUUACAGGGCCUGGGCCGCCUGUGUGAGAGGUUUCCAGUUGUUGCUCACUCUGCCACGACCUCUCUCAGGGAUUUCCUGGUGGUUCCUUCCCCAGUCCUUAUAAAACUGUAUAAAUAUCACAACCAGUACAACACAGGCACUGGCGAGAUAAGGAUAAAUGUGACGAACGAGCAUUCUCAGUCAACUCUCAGUGUGCUGGCCAGCAAGAAGGACCAGCCCUCCAUGUACGAGCAGCUGAGAGACAUUUCUAUCGACAACGUCUGCAGAUGUCUGAUAGCCGGUUUGACGAUGGACCAAGUCAUCGUCGAGGCAUUUUUAGCCAGUCUGUCCAACCGCCUGUACAUUUCACAGGAGAACGAUAAGGAUGCUCAUUUGAUUCCAGAUCACACCAUCCGAGCACUGGGACACAUCGCCGUAGCUCUGAGAGACGCUCCAAAAGUCAUGGAGCACAUUUUACAAAUCCUUCAACAGAAGUUCUGCCAACCUCCGUCGCAGCUUGAUGUCCUCAUCGUAGACCAGCUGGGCUGCAUGGUCAUCACAGGAAAUCAAUACAUCUACCAGGAGGUGUGGAAUCUGUUCCAGCAGAUCAGCGUGAAAGCAAGUUCAGUGGUUUAUUCAGCCACCAGAGACUACAGAGACCACGGCUACAGGCACUGCUCUCUGGCUGUGAUCAAUGCUUUAGCCAACAUCGCAGCCAAUCUGCAGGGGGAGCAGAUGGUAGAUGAAUUGUUGGUGAACCUUUUAGAACUGUUUGUCCAACUCGGCCUGGAAGGAAAAAGAGCAAGCGAGAGGGCCUCUGACAAGGGACCAGCUCUGAAGGCAUCAAGUAGUGCUGGAAACCUUGGAGUCCUUAUCCCAGUGAUUGCUGUGUUGACCAGGCGGCUUCCACCGAUCAAAGAGGCCAAGCCUCGUCUCCAGAAGCUGUUCAGGGACUUCUGGUUGUACUCUGUGGUCAUGGGUUUUGCUGUGGAAGGGUCCGGGCUUUGGCCGGAGGAGUGGUAUGAAGGUGUGUGUGAGAUCGCCACGAAGUCUCCUCUCCUCACCUUCCCCAGUGGAGAGCCUCUUCGAUCUGAACUGCAGUACAAUUCAGCUCUCAAAAAUGACACGGUGACAGCGGCGGAGUUAAGUGAGCUGCGGUUAACCAUUAGUAACCUCCUCGACCCUUCUCCUGAAGGAGCUGCCCUCAUUAACAAGCUUGACUUUGCCAUGUCGACGUACCUGCUCUCAGUCUACAGACUAGAGUACAUGAGGAUGCUACGAUCUAACGAUCCUGACAGGUUCCAGGUCAUGUUUCGGUACUUUGAGGACAAAGCCAUCCAAAAAGAUAAAUCAGGAAUGCUGCAGUGCAUUAUUUGUGUUGGUGAUAAGGUGUUUGAUGUCUUCAUUCAGAUGAUGACUAAGAAGCCAAAAACUAAAGAACACGAAGAGGAGUUGGAGCGGCACGCUCAGUUCCUGUUGGUCAACUUUAACCACACUCACAAGAGGAUCCGCCGAGUUGCAGACAAAUACCUCUCCGGUUUGGCCGAGGCAUUCCCUCAUCUUCUGUGGAGUGGGCGAGUGUUAAAGACUAUGCUGGAUAUUUUACAGACGCUCUCACUUUCUCUAAGUGCUGAUAUUCACAAGGAUCAGCCGUACUACGACAUUCCCGACACUCCUUACAGGAUCACUGUACCUGACACAUAUGAAGCCAGAGAGAGCAUCGUCAAAGAUUUUGCUGCUCGUUGUGGUGAGAUCUUAAAAGAAGCAAUGAAAUGGGCCCCUUCCGUCACAAAGUCCCACCUACAGGAGUACCUGAACAAGCAUCAGAUCUGGGUGUCGGGGCUGUCCCAGCACACGGGCCUCGCCAUGGCCACAGAGAGCAUACUGCACUUCGCCGGCUACAACAGACAGAGCACCACACUAGGCGCUGCUUUUCCUCAGACCACUCAGUUGACAGAGAGACCAGCGUGUGUAAAGAAGGACUACUCCAACUUCAUGGCGUCGCUCAACUUGAGGAACCGUUACACAGGAGAGGUGGUCGGCAUGAUCCAGUUCUCAGAGGCUACUAACAGCCACUCCGACCUCACCAAGUUGAUGAUCCAUCAGAUGACAAGCGCUCUUGAGAGAAAAGACCCAGAAUCCUUCACUCAAGCCAUGUUCAAGAUGGCCGCCCUGCUCAUAACAACCAAAAACUGUGACCCACAGCUGCUCCAUCAUCUGUGCUGGUCCCCACUGAAGAUGUUCACAGAACACGGGAUGGAAACCGCCAUUGCCUGCUGGGAGUGGCUCCUAGCUGCACACAAUGGAGUGGAAGUGCCAUUCAUGCGUGAGAUGGCCGGAGCGUGGCAUAUGACGGUGGAGCUAAAGAUGGGUUUGUUUUCAGAGGCUAUAGCUGAGGCCGGCCCCCUGGCAGUCUCCGAGGAAAGCCAGCCUGCCCCCUGCGCUCCUGAUGUCAUCCCUCACUUCCUGUGGAUAGAGUUCCUGGUGCAGCGGUUUGAGAUAGCCAAAUACAGCAGCGUGGACCAGGUGGAGAUUUUUAUUUCCAUUUUGCAGAGAUCUCUUUCUCUCAGUGUCGGAGGACCCAAAAGCAGCCUAAACCGACACGUUGCUGCCAUCGGUCCAAGAUUCAGACUGCUGACGCUGGGUUUGACUCUGCUCCAUGCUGACGUUGUGACAAAUGCCACCAUCAGAAACGUCCUCCGAGAGAAGAUUUACUCCACAGCUUUUGACUAUUUCAGUGUUGCUCCCAGGUUUCCCACUCAGGCAGAUCAGAGGCUAAGAGAAGACAUCAGCAUCAUGAUCAAGUUCUACGCCUGUCUGCAGUCUGACAAGAAAUACCUGACAGCCCAUCAGCUGGUUCCACCAGAUCCGCAAGACGUGUCGGUGAACAGCUUGUCUGUGAUGGCAGCGGCGGACAGCCGGAGCAGUCUGGACGUAGCUGUCGGUCAGAGGCAGCAGAUUCCUCAGGGCUGGAUCAACACUUACCCUCUGUCCUCUGGGAUGUCCACACUUUCCAAGAAGUCAGGGCUCUCUAAAAAAAGUAACCGAGGCUCCCAGCUGCACAAAUAUUACAUGAAGCGCAGGACUCUGCUACUGGCUUUACUGGCCAGCGAGAUCGAGCGUCUGACAAUCUGGUACAACCCGUUAUCCUCUCAGGAGCUCGCGAUUACCACAGAGCAAUCGGUAGAGACCAGCAUUGCCAACUGGAGGUCCAAAUACAUCAGUCUGACAGAAAAACAGUGGAAAGACAAUGUGAACCUGGCCUGGAGCAUUGCACCUUACCUCGCCCUGCAGCUGCCUGCCAGAUUUAAAAACACGGAGUGCAUCGUGACUGAAGUGACGCGUCUGGUGCGGAUGGAUCCGGCUGCUGUGUGUGACGUUCCUGAGGCUGUAAAGUUUCUGGUGACGUGGCACACCAUAGAUGCUGACUCUCCAGAACUGAGCCACAUCUUGUGCUGGGCUCCAGCAGACCCCCCGACUGGACUGUCCUACUUCUCCUCCAUGUACCCUCCUCACCCCCUCACCGCCCAGUAUGGAGUCAAAGUGCUGCGCUCCUUUCCACCUGAUGCGAUCUUAUUUUACAUUCCUCAGAUUGUCCAAGCUCUUCGCUACGACAAGAUGGGUUAUGUGAGAGAGUACAUCCUGUGGGCCGCUCAGAAGUCCCAACUACUGGCUCACCAGUUCAUCUGGAACAUGAAAACCAACAUAUACUUGGAUGAAGAAGGACAUCAGAAAGACCCGGACAUCGGCGAGCUGCUGGAGCAGAUGGUGGAGGAGAUCACCGGUUCGCUUUCGGGCCCGGCCAAAGACUUCUACCAGAGAGAGUUUGACUUCUUCAACAAGAUCACCAACGUUUCCGCCCUUAUAAAACCUUUUCCCAAAGGGGAAGAGAGGAAGAAGGCCUGCCUGGAAGCCUUGUCACAGAUUAAAGUCCAGCGUGGCUGUUACCUUCCCAGUAACCCGGAGGCCAUCGUUUUAGACAUAGACUACAAGUCUGGGACUCCCAUGCAGAGUGCUGCCAAAGCUCCGUACCUGGCCAAGUUCAAAGUGAAGAGGUGUGGAGUCAGCGAACUGGAAAAAGAAGGACUUCAGAGCCGCUCAGAUUCAGUGGACGAGGUCAAAAGUGACGAAGAGGCCAAGAGAAUCUGCUGGCAAGCCGCCAUCUUUAAAGUUGGAGACGACUGCAGACAGGACAUGCUGGCCCUUCAGAUCAUCAGCCUGUUUAAGAACAUCUUCCAGAUGGUGGGUCUGGAUCUCUACGUGUUCCCUUACAGAGUUGUGGCCACAGCCCCUGGAUGCGGGGUGAUCGAGUGCAUCCCAGACUGUAAGUCUCGUGACCAGCUGGGCCGACAGACGGACUUUGGGAUGUACGACUACUUCAGGAACCAGUAUGGAGAUGAGUCCACGCUAGCAUUUCAGAAGGCACGCUACAACUUCAUCCGCAGCAUGGCAGCUUACAGCUUGCUGCUGUUCCUGCUGCAGAUCAAAGACAGACACAAUGGGAACAUCAUGCUGGACAGCCAGGGUCAUCUCAUCCACAUCGAUUUUGGGUUCAUGUUUGAAAGUUCUCCUGGCGGAAACCUCGGCUGGGAGCCAGAUAUCAAGCUUACCGACGAGAUGGUGAUGAUUAUGGGCGGGAAAAUGGAGGCAACGCCUUUCAAGUGGUUCACAGAGAUGUGUGUGAGAGGAUACCUGGCUGUGAGGCCCUACAUGGACGCCGUGGUCUCCCUGGUGAAUCUAAUGCUGGACACGGGUCUUCCCUGCUUCAGGGGUCAAACCAUCAAACUUCUCAAGCAGCGGUUUAACCCGGGUUUGAGUGAAAAAGAUGCAGCUUCCUUCAUCAUUAAAGUCAUCCAGAACUGCUUCCUCAGCAACAGGAGUCGAACCUACGACAUAAUCCAGUACUACCAAAAUCAGAUCCCAUACUGAACGCCUGUGCCUAAGCAUGUGCAUUUGUUGACUUGUACAUGAUUUGCGCGGCACCUUUUGUUUGAUUCACGCCAGAAGAUCGUGACUUAACAUUUCUGCUGAUUAUUAAUUAUUGUUUGUUUUUGCUUUAGACUCCUUUAUUUAUUCCAUUGGAACUAACAGUGUUGCUAAUUCUGAAAGCAUUGCACUAGCGUACCGACUGCAUCUGUGUAAUUAAGAGUGAUAACUCUUGGUAAUCUGCACGUUUCCGUAGAUACUUUAUCGGUUUGUGCCAAUUUUAUCAGUGAUGUUUGUGAAUGUGGAUUCGGUUAAAUGGGGUCUAGGUGGAUCGUAGCGGACUGGUUUCGGUUCUGACCUUUGUGGCCUACUCUCUCAUCUUUUACUUGACUGCACUACUGUGCUUCUCCUUUUGAAUGGACCAGUCGGAGUGCUUUGGUUCUCCGUGCAUAUUGUACAGUGAGAUUCGACUGUAUAGAAACGGGUUGCACUCUGUUUAUUUCAGAGUUUUCAUAUUUCCAGUCUCAACGGGAGAAAUUGUGAGCACGAGUUCUGGGAAAUGCUGAAGUUUUGUAGAUUUAAUAAUGCGGGAGGGGGGGUUGCACUUAAAUGAAGGAUGGAGUGAAAGUAAAUUUUAAAUGUCGGUUCGUUGCAUGAAGUGAAAUGUUAAACACCAUGUAGCUUGUUUCUGAUGUAAUUCAAAGUGCAGUGCCAUCAUGUCACUAUGGCUGUUUAUGGCUGUAAAGUUUAUAUUUAUACUCAUGGUCCAUUUCCUCUCCUUUUCUAUUUUCAGGCCUUUUUGAAUGAGAAACCAUAAGACGUUAAAUCAAAUAAAGUUAUUAACCAGG